UAUUGAGUGUUUUUAACAAAAUUAACAUGGCUCGAAUGAACCGCCCAGCUCCUGUGGAAGUCACAUACAAGAACAUGAGAUUUCUCAUUACACACAAUCCAACCAAUGCGACCUUAAACAAAUUUAUAGAGGAACUUAAGAAGUAUGGUGUUACCACAAUAGUAAGAGUAUGUGAAGCAACUUAUGACACUACUCUUGUAGAGAAAGAAGGCAUCCAUGUUCUCGAUUGGCCUUUUGAUGAUGGUGCACCACCAUCCAACCAGAUUGUUGAUGACUGGUUAAGUCUUGUAAAAAUUAAGUUUCGUGAAGAACCUGGUUGUUGUAUUGCUGUUCAUUGUGUUGCAGGUCUUGGGAGAGCUCCAGUGCUUGUUGCCCUAGCAUUAAUUGAAGGUGGAAUGAAAUAUGAAGAUGCAGUACAGUUCAUAAGACAAAAGCGGCGUGGAGCUUUUAACAGCAAGCAACUUUUGUAUUUGGAGAAAUACCGUCCUAAAAUGCGGCUGCGCUUCAAAGACUCCAAUGGUCAUAGAAACAACUGUUGCAUUCAAUAAAACUGGGGUGCCUGAUGUCAUUGCCUUGGAAGUGGAACUUGAAACAGGACCUAAUUUGUCAUACAUAUUAGCCAACAUGUUGGCUUAGUGAAUAAGUCUAAUGAAGCUUCCAUAGGAGUAUUGGAAAGCAGUUUUAUCAGGCCACAAGUUUGAUGGAAUUGCAACCUCUAUGCUUGGGUUACGAUCAACCUGUUUUGGACACUUAGCAAAAGAUUCUUGCUGUUCAGCAUUUAAAAUGUGCUUAUCACUUGUACCAAUUGACCUUUCCUGAAAUCAUGCAGUAUUGAGUUAUGUCUUUAAAUCUAUUCCAUGCCAGAAUCUUAUCAAUAUAUAUGAAAUUUAGAAAGAUUAGGUGCCAAAAUACCCAGCACAAUACUUGUAUAUUUUUAGUGUUAUACAGAACUAAAAUCCCAGGAACUAUGAACACUCUGGACCUUAUGUGGUUUAUUCCUUCAGUCAUUUCAAACAUAGAAAUUAGGGCCUAUAUGGUUAUUUGCCUGCUCACUUUAUGUUUACAUCUCCCACAUUUGUACCAGUAUACAUCAGGUUUGCUCAACCUUUUUUUUUUUUUUGGAUUUUUACCAAGUCUUAACAAUGAUUGUUUCAUGUCUUUCUACAAAUUAUAUUUUGUGCUGUUAAGGAAAACCUCCAUUUUGAAAAUCUACAUUGUACAGAAGCACAUGUCUUUAAUGUCUCCAGACAAAAAAAGCCUUACAGUUAAUUUUAAUGUUUGCACUUUGGGGUGCAACUUACAGGGAGGGCCUGAAAAAAAGAAUGGGAGGGGGCUAUUAAGUAUUUUUAGUAAAAUGUUGCCUUUGUCUUGUGCAGAACAUGUAGAAUAUGCUCUUUAAUUUAGUAAAUAUUUUUUUAAAAGGUAGAGAUGCUUUGUUAUUGUAGCUAAAACAAUUCUUAAUCAUAAAAUUUCUGAAAUUCUUGUAUUUUUUUUCUUAUCUGAAGUUGUUUACCAACUUAUUUUUGUUUGAAGUGUGAUUUUUUUUCCUUCUCUUCCCAACCUCUCUUGCAAAAAAAAAAAAAAAAAAAAAGUGGGUUUCUGCUAAUGAAUUGAGCAGACAUCUAAUAUUUUAUAUGCCUUUUGAGCUGUGUAACUUAAUAUUUGGAUACUUGAUAAUUUGUUUUAUUAUGUAAUUGAUAAAAUGGUGAUGUGUAUUAAUGUUAGUUCAACCAUAUAUUUAUACUGUCUGGGAAUGUGUGGUUAUAGUUCUGUGGGAGAAAUAAUUUGUCAGUGUUCACCAGCUUGUAAAAAUCUAGUGCGAGAGCUUAAACAUCUAAAUAAAUAAUGAAAUGCA